AUGCAGCAUCCUACCACGGAAGACGUCAUGGAACAUCACUCCCCAGACGAAGAGGACGAAGACGACUGCUGGACCCCGCUCCAACGCGCCUCCCUCGCCGGCGACCUCGCCGCGGUGCACGCCGCCCUCGCGUCGGGGGCGGACGUCAACGCUCCUCCGCGCGAGUACUAUGGCCGGACCGCGCUGCAGGCGGCGUGCUCGGCAUCCCACCCCGCCGUGGUCUCGGCGCUCCUGGCGGCCGGGGCCGAGGUCGACGACCUCCCCGGCAACAACGAGGCCAAGAACGCGCUGCAGAUCGCCGCGGGCCGGCCGGACCUCGGCAUCGUGCGGACCCUGCUUGACGAGGGUGCCGACGUCAACAGGCCGGCCUCGCGGUACUUUGGCGCGACGGCGCUGCAGAGCGCGUGCGCCGCGGGGCUGGGCGACGUCGUCGACCUGCUGCUGCGGCGGGGGGCUGACGUGAACGCGCCGCCGGCGUCGACGGGCGGGCGGACGGCGUUGCAGGCGGCCGCCGAGGGCGGGUUCGAAGACAUCGCCAAGACGCUGCUGCUGCAGGCAGCGGGAGCGGGGCGGCGACACCACCACCGCGGGGCCGCCGACGUCAACGCGGCGGCGUGUCGGAGCAGGGGCGUCACGGCGCUGCAGGCGGCGAGCCACCGGGGGCACGAGGGGACGGUGAGGAUGCUCUUGGAGGCCGGGGCGGACGUCCGGGCCGAGGGGAGCCGGUACAAGGGCGCGAGGGCGCUGCACGCGGCGGCCGAGGGGGGACACGUGCGGGUGUGCGAGAUGCUACUGGACGCCGGGGCCGAGAUCGAGGCCGGGGCUGGGGCCGGUUGGCGCGGGGGGCAGACGGCGUUGCAGAGUGCGGCGGCGAGGGGGCAUGGCGAGGUCGUGAGGCUGCUGCGGAGGAGGGGCGCGAGGGGAAGGGAGGGCGGAGGGGUGUUUCUGUUAGAUUGA